AUGGCGGGCUCUGUAGUCUUCAUGCAUGCAUCCUUCUCAGCCUUCAUUGGUGCUCGCUGCCCUUUCAAAACCUCCUCUGGCCUUGGCAGCACCGUGUUCUGGCCCCGCCCCGCUCUCUGUUCACAUGUCUGUUUCUUUGGCUUCUCUCCCGACGUCUGUCCCAACUGUGCACAUCCAGCUCUAGCAGUAGUUGCUUUCACGGAAGCCGGUUACUCAUGGACAAAUUCAGUGUCUGAGGGCAGAACUGCCAUGGCAGGGCCAUGGAGGAGCGUGGCCACUGUCACCCAGUUGGGGGUCUGGCCAGGGUCUUCCUUAGGUCGGAUGGGAAGGAAUAACAUCCCUGAGGACCUCAGAGACCCUUUCUACGUUGACCAGUAUGAGCAGGAGCACAUUAAACCGCCUGUUAUCAAGCUUCUCCUGUCCAGUGAGCUGUACUGCUGUGUCUGCAGCCUUAUCCUGAAAGAGGACCAGGUGGCCGCCUUACAGGGACACCAGUCUGUCAUCCAGGCCCUGUCCCGGAAAGGGAUCUAUGUGAUGGAGAGUGAUGACACCCCUGUGACAGAGUCCGACCUCAGUCGCGUACCCAUAAAAAUGGUGAGUGGUCUGCGGUGGCCGCCCCCAGGGGCCAUCCUCUGGAGCCGCGGGCUCUUGUGUGGCGCACCUGAGUGCCCACAUGGCGAUGGUGGAUGCCCUGAUGAUGGCCUACACUGUGGAGAUGAUAGCAUCAAGAAGGUGGUGGCCAGUGUCAAGCGCUUCUCAACGUUCAGUGCCUUGAAAGAACUUCCGUACGACCUCAAGGACACCUUGGUGUUCUGGAUCAACAAGACCGAUGUAAAGGAAAAACAGAAAAAACUUGUGGAACAAUUAACUGGAUUAAUAAGUAGUUCACCUGGACCACCUACACGAAAAUUAUUAGCUAAAAAUCUCGCAGCCCUUUAUAGCGUUGGGGAUACUUUUACAGUUUUUCAGACACUUGAUAAAUGCAAUGACAUUAUCAGAGAUAAAGAUGACACUGCGGCCUACUUACCAACAAAAUUGGCUGCGGUGGCUUGUGUCGGAGCAUUUUAUGAAAAAAUGGGGAGAAUGUUGGGCAGCGCAUUUCCAGAAACAGUAAAUAAUCUAUUGAAAUCUCUGAAAAGUGCAGAGUCUCAAGGGCGAAGUGAAAUCUUAAUGAGUGUACAGAAAGUUCUGAGUGGACUGGGUGGUGCAGCAGCUUCCUCUCAUCGUGAUAUUUAAAAGAUUGCCAGGUCUCUCUUGACUGGGUCAAUGGCUGUUCGAUGUGCAGUGGCCAAGUGUCUACUAGAACUACAGAAUGAAGCUGUAUUUAUGUGGACUGCUGAACUAGAAAAUAUAGCCACUCUCUGCUUUAAGGCUUUGGAAAACUCAAAUUAUGGGGUACGAGUGGCAGUAUCUAAACUUUUAGGAAGAGUCAUGGCCACAGCAUUAAUGCCGAAACAGGCAACAGUAAUGCGUCAGAAUGUGAAGCGAGCAACAUUUGAUGAAGUCUUAGAACUCAUGGCCACAGGAUUUCUGCAUGGAGGGUCAGGUUUCUUAAAGAGCUUUGGAGAAAUGUUAAAAGUUGGAGGGUCUGUUAAUCGUGAAGUGAGAGUUGGAGUUAUGCAGGUUUGUAACACAUACAUGCGUUAUGUUGUUUUUGUGACAACAUUGGGUGGUCAGUGGUUGGAGCACAGCUUUGCCACGUUCCUGUCCCACGUACUUGAUCUGGUUUCCCAUCCUCGGGCAACACAAACACAUGUGGAGGCUGUGUACUCCAGACGAUGUGUUUCCUUUAUCCUAAGAGCUACUGUGGGCAGUUUGCUAGGUGAAAAAGCCCAGAUUGCCGGUGCCAAAAAAAUCUGCCAAGCUAUUGGAAAACAAAUGAAAGCCAUAGAGCCUGUUUUGAAUGACACAAGUAGACGAAACAAAUCUGGUGCAGCAGACAUUGCAGCAAGCCAGCAUGUGAUGGUCUGUGCCCUCCAGGAACUCCGGAGCCUGGUGCAGAGCUUGAAUGCCACCACAUCCCCUCUUAUUCAAGAAGCGUCUAUAGGGCUUUUGGAGAUUGUGACUUCAGUGCUUCUUCAUCCAAGCAUGACUGCCCGACUUGCUGCUGCAUGGUGUUUGCGCUGUGUGGCUGUGGCAUUACCUUUCCAGCUGACACCAUUUCUAGACAGGUGUGCAGAACGGCUCAACAACUUGAAGACCUCACCAGAAGCUGUCAGUGGAUAUAGUUUUGCAAUGGCUGCUUUGUUAGGUGGAGUACAUCAGCGUCCUUUGGGCAUUCCUCAUGCCAAAGGAAAAGUAUGACGGAGAUCCUAGACUUGGGAAUGCUGUCACGUGGGCUUUGGUCUUUAUAGGAACGCUGCUGUGUUUAAUGUUGAACAGG